AUGUCUUUCCGUUCGUUCUUGGGCGGUACCCGUGCAUCCAUUCCGGCUGUGGUUUCUUCAUGGAAGCAUUUGUUGUCCGAGUUCACAUGGCGUCCCUCUAAUAUUUUUUCUCAGGUUCGGUUUGCUUCCAAUCUCGGACCUCGUCGCACGAAGUACCGCAAGUCGCACAAGGGCCGUGUCUCAUUUCCCAUCGGCGGCUCUGUUAAGGGAACAACUGUAACGCAGGGGAUGUAUGGCAUUCGAACACUUGAACCUUGCCGUAUUACUGCUACUCAGCUCACCGCUGCCGAAACAGCUUUGAAGCGUAAGCUCAAAGUCGUCCGUGGUUCUCAGGUAUUCAUGCGCGUCUUCCCUGACGUACCUGUCUGUGUCAAAGGUAACGAGACCCGUAUGGGCAAGGGUAAAGGCUCUUUUGAAUACUGGGCUUGUCGCGUGCCUGUUGGCCGUGUCCUUUUUGAGAUUGGUGGUCAUGUCGAAGUACGUCCAGAAGUGGCCAAGGAUGCACUACGCCUUGCUGCUGCCAAGUUGCCUAUCCGUACGGAAUUCAUCACUGCCUCUACCCCGCCUCGCCUUGGCCGUGAAGUCAAUCCUGACCUGUCCAAGCCGAAGCUUGGAAAACAACCAUGA